ACCCAAUUCCGAAUCCCCCCAAACGACCAAUCCACAAAGACGACCCAGAAGAACUAUAUUGUUCUAUCUACAACUGUCUCGUGCAACGACUACGACUAGUCAAACGUACCACCUGACUGAAUCUACAAGAGAAAAACGAGGAAGAAAAGAAGCCACAAUUUUCUAGAUUACGAUCAGCAUCAUCAUCACCAUGGCUCCCCAGAAACCUCGCUGCACAUUCAAGGAAUGCAAGACGGCCGCUCAACGGAUUGUUGGCGACUGCGGUUUCUGCGAUGGACACUUCUGCGCGAAGCACCGAUUAUUAGAGGAUCACAAGUGCAGCGGAUUAGAAGACGUAAGCAUGAACCCAGCGAACCCAUCUUUAGAUUCCAAUUCCGCCUCCUCCAGUGACUUUGACGAGGAUGCCACCGAAUGGUGGCUCGUCGGACUCGGCGAGUACCUCAGCGAGUCUGGUCUAGACGAGAAGGAGGUGACGGAAGAAAAAGCAAAGAAGGGAGACUCUGGCUCUGGUCUACGUAUGCUAACUCGGAAGAACAACCGUAGUGCAAGAAGGAGUCGCACGAGCGCAACGCGGCACAGCUCGAGGCAGAGCGAACGCAAGUCAUCCGGGGUGUAUAAGCGACGUACCCGAAACUCGACCGCCGAGCGUCACCGAUCUCGACGAAACCGUUGUCGCGGACUCGCUUCUACUCCUUGA